AUGUCAUUCUCUUCAGCAUCGUCCAAAAAAAAAGCAACCGACACUGUAAACAAGCUCUUUGAGAGCAUGCUUCCGGGAACGCGUGUUCUUCCAGGCUCGAAUCAGAUCUCGACCACAGAGAGCUUUCACAGGGAAGCCACAAAACAGAAACUUCUUCCUGAAGAAAUCAGAAAGAUCAACAAAACUCAGAAAUCGAAGCAAAACAAGCAGGUGAAUAAGAAGGUGUUAAAGGACAAGAAGUUCACCAAAUUGAUGAAAUACAAAUUGAUCAAAUCCCAUAAAGACAAAGACGAUCUCACAGAAGAAGAACAAAAGUUCUUGAGAAAACUUAUAAAAAAGAACUCAUCUGCCAUUAGACGUGCAGGUGACGUUGAUGACAUGAUGAUUAAGGAAGAGAUUGAUGAGCUACGGUCUGAAAUCCUUCUGCUUGAGAAUGAGAAAUAUGACAGAUCUAACGCCAAACAAAAGGAGAACCGCUUACAAGCCUUUAAAGAGAAGAUCGCGUCUGGAACGGUAUCCUAUCCCGGCUUGACUCCUGGUUUGGCCCCUGUUGGCCUUGAUGAUGAGUCUGAUGAGGAGUAA